CGAGUCGACAUGGAUUUUACGUCAUUUUUGUGAGAGCCAGUAAAUCGAUAGUUGACGCGGCCCGCUGCACGGUGCCACGCUUUCCACGAAGAAGCAGCAGAAGGAGAUCUUCUCAAACAGGUACGUGGUCGACGUGUGGGUAACGAUUACUAAAGCAUCAUCAGGCCCCCCGACUCAUCACCCUGCUUCCGCCGAUGAGUGAUUCUAUUCGCGGCGCUGCGGUGCAUUUUUGGUGAGGACGAGGAGCAGAAGCCUCUGACGGCAAGUAAGUAGAUAAAGCCUCGGUCGCGGAGUAGAAGACCAAGACGUAGAGUCCUUCUCGCAAGAAGAACAAUAUGGCAGCCUCCGAGGCGAGCCGCGGCCCGGCGGAGAGUGACAGCCGGGCCAUGCAGAGCACCAGUUCGAUUUUGGAGCAGGAUCCGAACCAGCAAGAAGAUACCACUGGCGAAGCUGGUUUCCGGGCAAGCGAAAUCGCCUUUUUACAGGAGCAGAACAACAAUGUUCUGCAAGCCUUGGAAAAUAUCGAAGACGAGCGCGACAACACAUUACGUAUUCUGUUGAAAUUGAAUUGUUGCUCUUCACUACUAUCGGCGCAGCAUUGUUUUAUUUCUCGGGGUAGCCAUAAGCAAAAAUUCUGUGUUGACUCAUUUAUUUCAUCAGGGCUGUCACGUUAUAUAAAAGUGCCAACAAACGAAACAAAAUUGCUUUGGAAAACAUUUAUUUUCGCCAACAGGACUUGUGCGAGAAUGGGAGGACAAGGAGCAGCAGAUGCUGGUGGAGACAGCCUCGGUGCAGCAGAAGAUUCAAGUUUUGCAGGACGCCUUGGUGCAGGAAAAAACCGAGCUGAUCUCCAAGGACGAGCAUGUCCGCGUCCUGUCCCAGCAGAACCAACAGAUGCUCGAACUGUUGGAGCUGGAGGAAGUGAAAACGCGGGACCUGGUCGCAAAGAUAGGGGAGCUCGUAUCCACAGUAAAUUUCCCGUACACGUACGCAUGCGGUCUUUGCAUGACAAAAAUUGGCUUCGAUCCUAGUCUAGCAUGGCAAGUUUUACGCUUCAAAUUGGUGAAAUUUGUAAUGCAUCUUGUACAUGUACGGGAAAUUUGUAUUGCAUAGCUCGAUGAGGAGAACAACAGCCUGAAGGUCCUCGAGGGCGAGUUCGACAAAAUCAAGGAGGAGAUCGAAAACCUGAUCAAGGGCAAGAAGGAAGAGUCCCUGCAUAUCAUUUGUAAAAACAUGAUCCCCACCCCAGAGUUGUGAUGCAGAUUUGCAAUGACUGGAACAUUAACGCUAGACCGCCUGUUGUGCUACUGAUUUUUGAUCAAUUUUUGAAGCAUUUGUGAAGAAAGCACUUUUUGAAAAAGCGAAGCUCUUGCCUGCUGUUUUUGGGGCUCGAAGUCCGCUGGUUGUGACGUUGCAGUCCUUGCUGCGACCCGACUCCACUCGUCUCCUCGUGCGGGCGCGUGGUGAAUCGCGUGCACAAUAUUGCGUGUCAUCCGCGGCAGUCGUGCGAAGCAAUAUCACGUCGCUCUGCCCCGCCCCUGAGUCAGCCUCUGAAGGAUGGCUGAUUUGGAUUCAGACGAUCCUGAAACAGUCGCCACUUGUUGCGGGGAAUCAACAAGAAUGCAUCCGGUCAAUUCGCCGGUAAGUGCAGCCGGUCGACAAUUGUUGAGGAAGAUCCACAAUUGUUGAACGCAGUCACCUAGACUUGAAGACGGUCAAGAUAUUUUGACGGCCGUCAAGAUAUUUUGACGACAAUCAAGCAAUUUUUGACGGCAAUCAAGCAAUUUUUGACGGCAAUCAAACAAUUUUUGACGGCAAUCAAGCAAUUUUUGACGGCAAUCAAACAACUUUUGACGGCAAUCAAGAAAUUCUUGAAGAGAGUCAAAAAAAAGUCAAGUUCUGCGUCCCCUAUUGUGACGGUCAAUUUUGACUUGCGUUUGACUCUUUUUUGACUCUCUUCAAAAAUGUCCUGACUUUUUUUUGAAGUGUCGGGACUUCGCUUCAGGUUCCGGCGUUCUCAAGAUUCAUCUGCAACCAAAUGACGUUGGUUCGUCCGCGCCCUUUCGGCUUCGGGCGACCAACUCGCAUGAAAAGCCCGGGGCGCGCGGCCCUUCGGGCCGCUAACUGUACUUCUGUAGCUGCAUCCAUAGGAUUGGAAGCCCACCUCUUUUGGUGAGAGUUGUGGCGUUGGUGUUUACAUACCACUGGGGACCGUCGCUUUUGUUAGCGGCUUGCCACACCAAGGGCUGUUUGGAAGCUGCAGCCGAUUUGACCUUGGCAGCUUCGUCUUUGCCAUAUGUCGCGUUUUUGUCGCGUGACACCAUCGUAACAAACCGCGACUUGGGAAAGGGAGAAAUGCCGCGCACGCGGGGACACGGAGCGCGCUUUGUUUGCCGUCGCGCCCCUGUUUCGGUUGUCGGGAAGCAGGCGGAAAGAGCUCGGAAAAUCGCUGUGCGUAGUGGGUCCAUUUUCAAAAUGGCCUUUCUUCACAAAUUCGUCAAAAAUGCUUCAAAAAUUGAAUUACACGACGGGACGGCUGAGGUUAAUGGAACAUUUGUAAUGCGCAUCUCCAUGAGAGGCGUUUCAUUCUAGUCGUGUUUUGGAAUUUGUAAUGCUGUAACCAGGAUAAGCAGAUGGAUUUGUGACGCGUUUGUCCUUGCUAGUAACCUGCACUACACUACGGACUGCAACUUGUGAUGCGUGAGUCCCCAAACUUCUAGGCUUGUGCUGCAAAAUCCCCAGGCUGACUCUGGGGUGGGGACGUUUUUAUACGGGAUACUGCAAACAGCAGAUCAGCUCCGCGAGUUUCGGCAACUGAACGAGUCCUUACGAGCGGACAUUGCCAGCGUGGAUGCGCAGACCCAGGUGGACAUCGAAGCUCUGAACCAAGUGCUCACGGUGGUGUCCAACAAAAAUGUUGAAUACAUGCAGCAGCUGCAGAAGCAAGACACCCGCGAACAGCACCUCAACGAGGAGCUGGCCGGACUCAGGGACACUGCGUCAGGGCUAAAGAAGGAGAUCGAACAAAUGAAGAAGCAAAUGGACGGAGACGAGGUAUUUAUCUUCUUGUUGUUGAGUUGUCACAAUUGUGCUGUUGCUGCACGACCUGUGUCAACAAUUCAUGGGACGAAAUGAUGUUCGUGGCACGUCAUGAUCUGUAGUUGUGCCAAGAAUUAUGUGUUCUUCUACUUUUCACAUCAUCCGCGACCUACUUUUCAACCAAAACAGAAUGAGCGUGGCUCUUUCGAGCGAGACAAGGCCUCUCUGCAGCAGAAGAUAGAAAGCCUGGAGUCGCAGAUUGACGUGCUCAAGAAGACGCUGAACACCGCGGAGAAGUCCAACGAGCAACUGCACGAGGAGAACCGGCGGUCCGCGGAGAAGUUUCGAGAGAUGGCCGACAAGGUGUACGGCCUGAUGGAUAGUUUGCGCCUGAACCAGGUGGAGCUGAAGCGCAUGGAAGCCGAGAAUUCAGCAAAGCAGAAAAAGUUUUCGAAUACCGAAAAGCUGAUCGCCAACGUGCAGUCGAAGAUCUCGAUGGAACUCGACGCCAAGCAAAUCGCGGAGCAAGAGAAGCGCGACGCUGACUCUGAGUCCGCCCUUCUCAAAAAGAAAAACAAGAAAAUCGAGGAAAGCAUAGCAACCGCGCAGAAUAUGCAGGAACAGGUACAAGUCUUCACUGAGUCGUGAUCUCCUUCUUCCUAAAUUUUGUCCAACAUUUUUUGCUGCCGGCGUGGUCCACCGCACUUCUAGUCUCCAUGACUAGAGCUAGGCUCAGACAGCGACCUUUUGUAGUUGUGAAAGACACUAUAAGAUUAAGAAAGUAAAAAUAGAAAACAAAAAUCGACGAACACUGAUACAGAUCGGAAAGCAUAUCGUCGAGCUGAACGAGCAGAUAAACGCGCUGCAAACGCAAAACGCGUAUUUGGCGUCCAGAAUAGACGGUCAAGAGGAAGAGAAGUCCAGUCUGAAGGGCGAAAUCAAGAAGUCCGCGGAUCGUUUCGCAGAUAUGUCAAAAACGAACAAUCUCUUGCGAGAAGAGAUUGACAAGCUGGACCUGGCUCUGCAGGAUAUCAGAGAAACCACGGUGAAUCUAAGGUAGUGGUGAUCAGACUCAGAGUGUUGCUGGUAGUGUAGUAUGUCCACAUGCUUAUUCUUGUUUUCUGUUGCGGCUACGUGGCGACGUGUCAGUGUCUGUCAUUCAGAAAAACGAAUAAAUCAGGAACAGGAUUACCCUUAUAAACGAAACUACCAAAUUGAAUCUGAAAUUCAUUUCACUACAAAACACAGGGCAGAGUUGGAGUAUGUAAAACGAGAAGAUGUGCUGGAUGAGACAGGGAGGCAGCGCCCAAUUUUGAUUCAGAGCAACGAGUCGACUCUUCUCGAGAAGCUGCAGAUAAACGAAUUCCUGUACGAGGCGCAGCAAAACAAGAAUCCAGUGCCGAGCCUCGUUAUCUUUUGUUAAAUUUUCGCCCCCACCACCAGCGCGAGCGCCAUACCAUGCUUGAACCAUGGGACCUUACGUGUAUGUUGCCGGGCAUGAACGUUAUAGCAGCAGCAUUGUCCUCUUCGCGCAACCUCAACCUGUGCUUGAAAAUCCACAAAAGCAAGUAAAAUUUACUUGCUUUUGUGGAUUUAAAAUUUGAUUUUGUUUGAGGAUUUAAAAUCCUCAACAAAAUCGAAAUACAAUGACUAUUGCGACAUUUCCUUUAAACGAAAGUUUAAACAGUUUGCGUCUCCGUAGUGACGGUGAGGGUAAAUUUAGUUGGGAUAAGCGUCGAAAAACUUGCACAAUUACUCGAGCUACUGCAUACGGCGCAAGGUACACAUGAGUUUCUAAUGCUGUCGAUUUGGAGUUGCAUGUAAAACUAAAAUUCUUCUCAUGAUUAAUCACUCAGUUGGCAAGGAAAAGAUUGGCAUGCGCAUGUAGUACAAUCAGAAUCAGGACUAUCGGCGAGAAUCGCGUGCCUAGGCGACACCAAUAUGUUCUGAUGGAAAGGUUUUGUCAUGUUACAGAUACAAUGUCACUACAAGUGCACAAGCACACGACAAUGGCAAGAAACUUGCGAUCCUUAUUGAGGAAGAGAGCAACGCAUUUACAGAUAAAUUUCAUUGUCGUGGUGUCAUAUUACCCAUUCCCAUACUCAUAAACAUAUUUCAGGGCAUUGCGACCAGUACCUGGGCGACUUAGCAAAGUCCAAUAGCUUGGUAUCCGCGCUUCGGCAGAAGAACUUGGUCCUCUUCGAAAAGACGUCGAUGUUUGAGAGCUACAAAACACGUGCGCUGGUGCGGUAUAUGAUGAAUCUCUUCGAGUCUGGAGACCACCACAAUAUCAACCUCGACGGCCUGAACCUGACGCCGAGAGAGUUGCAGGAACUCACAUCGCUGCUCCAGCGAUACCAAAUUCAAGAAAAAGUUUACUUCAUCUCGCUUGCCGAAAACGGUAUUAUAGUAAGUACGUCUCUUGCUCUGACACUCACAACUCUGAAGUUUUUUACUCUUUAUCUUUAUGUUUUCUACGAGAAUGAAAUUAAUAAUCUGCAUCAGAAAGAGGAAGAAAAGGAGUAUGUGUAAUCCGCGUGACAGUGAAAAAAUGCAUGUUCUUGAAGGUGAAACCUCUCAAAUUUUCAGGUCUGACCGACGACGCCGUAAACCAGCUACUCCAGUUGGUAAUGCAAACUCCGUAUUUGAAGGCCCUCGACCUAAGAAGAAACACGCUGACUGGCGGGGGCAUCCAAAAAAUCAACGAUCAAUUGAGGGUCAUGGAGGGCGUAACAAGUGUCAUCAAAACCGCAACGGGACAAAUAAACGUCCAUUCAGGGAACCAACUCAGGUACAGGUUGCUAGUGACAACUCGAUCUUUUUUCCUUGAUGUUACGGUCAAAGCACCGGAGUCAAAGCCGCUCAUCGACAUCGAGUAAAAGAAGUAGAGCCAGAAGUUUUAGUUGAACCUUUAGCAAGAACUUGGAUUUGUUUCGAGGUGGUCUCUCCCCUCAACUGUGGGAAUACAUGAAUGCCAUUGCGAAAUGGCGAUGAAAGUAGGAAUGCUUCAACAUCAACAUCUACAUCCACACUGUCCUGCAUAGUAGGCAAAACUGAUGCCUCGUAACAACAGGGUCUGUGUGGAGGUGGCAGACCAGGGCGUGAAAUACACCAGCGAAGACCCAACCGAGGAGAAGCUAGAUCCUGCUUUCAACGUGAAGGGCGCGGACGACUUCCUAGGUACGGCCGGCGGUUUGACCGGUCUAGGGGGUCAGGACAUGUACGGCAAAGCCACAGAAACCAAAGCUCCCGACAGCGGGCGACUACCGGCCGUCGGAAAGGCCAAAGCUAAAGCAAAGACCGGCGCUGCGCGGAAAAGAAUACCUCCGCCGCUGCACCAGCUGAACAGCCGAAACAAAGCUAGUAGUCGCAUGUCGCAACACGGCGGGAGGCAGAAGAGUCCUCCGCCGGGCGAUAGCUCCAGCCGGCAAAAUUACGACAGGUUCCAGAUGGAAUCGCAAGGCAGUCCCACGUCCUCGCGGCUCUUGCAUGACUUCGAUUCACCGGCACCUCCGAGCUCGAACGGCAAGAACAUAAUGGAGGGUGAGCACAGCUACGCCUUCGAGAUGAAGGCGCGAAUAGGGGGAGCAGGCAGGCCGCUGUCCGGAAGUGGAGCCGCCGGUGCGUCGAACAACAAUCAACAGAAAUUCGGCGGGACCCGCGGAGGGAGCCGACCGUAUUCGGGAACGAGCUACGGCUCCAGCGGUGCCAUAGACCCCGGGCCGCCAAGGUUGGUAGGAGACGGCGGGGCGGUCUCGAAGCAGGAAAGCCAGAACAGACCGGGAUGGCAAGCAAGCAUCGACUUCGAGAGGGGCCCGAGCCGAGCCCCCGCGCAGUCAAUCCCGGGCGGAAAUCAAAGCACCAGUAGAACGACCGCACGGACAAUGGCAAGCGACCGCCGCAUUCCUAGCGAACGAGUGCUGGACAAGUGGCAGACCGGCAACUACGAUCCCAAUCGUCUUGACACGAUGAAGCCAGCGGCCCAGCGAAACAACUUUGUAAAGCCGGACUCUCGGUAA